GCUCAGCGCCCCUCUGUCCCCAGGGCAGCCCCCGAGCAGCAGCCUGUGACUGUCACUGUGCAGGAGGCCGGCGCCUCCCUGACCCUGUCCGCGGGGCCCCCCGCCCUGGAGUUUGAGCUCCCCAAAGUGCCGGGCCCGGAGGCAGCCUCCAGGCUGCAGGCGCUGACGCUGAGCCUGGCCGAGCGCGUGUGCAGCCUGGAGCGGCGGCUGGCAGCUGCCGAGGAGAUAGCCGCCAGCCCCAAGAAGAGCCCUUGGCCAGUGGGGCCUCAGCAGUUCUUACCAGACCCAGAUUCUCAGAGAGGCUGUCCUGGACCUGGGGCCAAGAGGCGGUGUCCCGGAGAGUCCCUCAUCAACCCUGGCUUCAAAAGUAAGAAACCAGCCAGUGGUGUCGAUUUUGAUGACCUCUGACCCUGCUGCAGGACUUUGCCUGUGAGAAGAGGGGCAGCCCUCGAGACUGUACAACGUCCACCUGUGCCUCCCGCUGCCCGGCAGGAACACACCUGCUUCUCGAGUCCCUUCCCCAUCAAAUAAACGACUUCCUCAGCGGAGGUCAUGGCCGGG